AUGAAACUUGCCCUGGCUACCGUUGCCUUCCUGGCUACCAUAGCCAUUGCCGCCCCGACCGACUCAGUCAAUCGCGGUGCCGAGCCUGACGCCUGGUGCGAGCGUCCCGGACAGUCUUGCUGGAAGGACAAGCGUGCCCCUGAGGCCGUCCCCGAGGCCGCCGAGCGCGAUUCCAACCCCAAGGCCUAG